AAAUACUUAAAAAUGCUACGACUUCGAUCUACCUUUAGAAUGCUGCAGCAAAUUAAUCAUGUAGCAAAAUUUAGUGAUACCACCAAGGGUGUGGAUACAACGUAUAUGGAAAUUCCAGUUUAUAACGUAGACAAACCGCAACCACUUGAAAGUCGUAAAGCUAGACUGCAUUAUCAAUCUCGUAAAAGAGGAAUGUUGGAGAAUGAUUUACUGCUGAGCACCUUUGCCAAAAAGUACUUGGACAGUUUUACAGAGGAGCAAACAAUGAUGUACGACCGUCUCAUCAAUUCUCCAAGCAAUGACUGGGAUUUGUUCUACUGGAUAGUUGAAAAACAACCCACUCCUAAAGAAUUUGACAACGAAAUAAUGCAUCUACUAAAGAAACACGCCAAAAACGAAAAUAGAGUUGUAUUAUCUCAACCUCCAUUAUAUUAACUCACUUAGAAAGAAGGAAAGCACAUUCGACUUUUAGACAUACUCUAUGACAUAGGAAUUCGAUGU